CAUUCAUUCUAAAUCUCCCACCCCUGACCCCACUUCACUUUUACAACUUUUGCGCCGGUGUAGUGUUGGCGUAAACUUUUGUUAUAUCUUUAAAUCGAAUAAAUUAUUUUAAAAAAUCAUGUCUGUAGCAGUAAAAGGUAUUUUCAUUGUGGGUGCCAAACGCACGCCAUUCGGCACAUUCGGUGGUGUGUUCAAGAACACUUCCGCGACAGAACUGCAGACCAUAGCGGCGGUCGCCGCGCUGAAGGAAGCGGGGGUGGCGCCUGGUCAGGUGGACUCGGUGAUCGUUGGCCAGGUCAUGUCGGCUAGUCAAACGGACGGCAUCUAUACUCCUCGCCACGCUGCGCUCAAAGCGGGCAUUCCUCAAGACAAACCUGCUUUAGGGGUCAACCGAUUGUGCGGAUCAGGGUUCCAGUCCAUCGUCAACAGCGCACAGGAUAUCCUCACUGGAGCAGCAAAAAUUUCAUUAGCGGGUGGUGUAGAAAACAUGUCCCAGGCUCCGUUCGCUGUCCGCGGAGUCAGAUUCGGUACAAUGCUGGGCAGUACCUAUGCGUUCGAAGACACCCUGUGGGCUGGACUCACGGACUCCUUCUGUGGACUCCCCAUGGGCAUGACUGCGGAGAAAUUGGGCGGACAAUUCGGAAUAACUAGGGACGAAGUUGACAAUUUCGCGUUGAGGUCCCAACAGAGGUGGAAGAAAGCCAACGACGCUGGUGUGUUCAAAGCUGAAAUCGAACCUGUGACUCUGACCAUUAAGAGGAAAGAAGUCAAAGUGGACACCGACGAGCAUCCUCGCCCACAAACCACCAUCGAGGGUCUGAAGAAACUGCCGCCCGUGUUCAAGAAAGAGGGUCUUGUGACUGCUGGCUCUGCUUCCGGUAUUAGCGACGGAGCAGGCGCCCUCAUCCUGGCAAGCGAAGAGGCAGCUAAGAACCUCAAGCCGCUCGCCAGGCUGGUGGGCUGGUCCUACGUCGGAGUUGACCCCAGCAUCAUGGGUGUGGGCCCCGUGCCUGCUAUCGAGAAUUUGCUGAAGGCCACCAAAAUGACUCUCAAUGAUGUGGACUUGAUUGAGAUCAACGAAGCGUUCGUAGCGCAGACCCUUUCAUGCGCCAAAGCCCUGAAGCUGGACAUGGAGAAGUUGAAUGUGAACGGAGGAGCCACGGCGCUGGGACACCCCCUCGCUGCUUCCGGAUCUCGCAUCACCGCGCAUCUUGUGCACGAACUAAGACGCCGUGGUUUGAAGCGCGCCAUCGGGUCGGCCUGCAUCGGCGGCGGACAGGGCAUCGCGGUUAUGGUGGAAGCCGUUUAAAUUCAUUAAUAAAAGAUUAACCAUUAAUUAUUAAUUACAUAAGCAAUUAUUUUGUAAGAUAAAACUGUUCAAUUUCCUUACGAUGUAGCUAUUUUAUUUUUAAAAUACCAUUAUUUUGAUAACUAUUAUACUUAACUGUUUUUUAUUGUUGUCUGGUAGGAGGCUUCGGCCGUGGCUAUUUACCAACCUACUGGCAAAGCCGUACCGGUA